AUGAAUCACAAUGAAGGGAUCCCUUCCAGAUGCUGGUGUGGGAAGGGGAUUGUCACAUAUGUUUCAAAAACAGAAGAGAACCCAUAUCGACGGUUCUUCAGAUGCGAGAUUGGGAUACAGAGAAAGAACGAAAUCCAUCUUUUUAAGUGGGUAGACGAGGCUCUGUUAGAUGAGAUUCAGAGGAUGGAUGAGCAUCAAACGAGAAUUGGCGAGGAAAUUGAAGAUCUGAGAAGUUCCAUGAAGAAGACAGUUGAGGAGGAAGUUAUGAAACAUAAGAAUUCGAUUGUACGUGCCUAUGACUUCGUUUCCCAGGAAAUCCGUGCAAUGUAG